UCAUAACCCCGCAGCAGCGUCGAAAACAGGUGGUGGGGCUAGGAUAGUGACCAUGUCAAGUACAUUCCCACUUCAGCACUUCUACAGGACACUGCGCAGUUUGGAGCAGAGCGGGCUCGAAGGAAAGAAUAUCUCUGUGAUGAAAAAAGGUCUGAAAAUGACAGUGCUGCUGUGGACUUUUGUUGGAAGCCUCUUCUUCGUUCCCGCAUUGAAGACAAUGGCUGAAGCGCGAGGGAUGACAACACCGGAGCCUCGGCUACCAAGAGAGCGCAAGACUGCGGAAGGCUUUUCGAAACCAUGCAGCAAUUUAUCACAAGUGUGCUCAAGGGACCCUGACUGCUGCGACGUGUGGCUUUGCGUAAACAACCGGUGCAAAGUUUACGAGCCAUUGACGGAAAAUCUUGGAUUAACCACCGAGGGCAGCUGAGAAAGUGGGGCUCCCGCUGGGCGAAAAACAAUUGGGGAUACCUUCCUAACUAAUUCGAAAAUGGCUUACAACCUUGUCGACACCAUACGACACUAGCUCUUUCUUCAUGCCCGAUAG